AUGCAGCCCUCAUCGUCAAGAACAUUGGCUACCACUCUCCAAACCUCGCUCAUUCUCUGCGAGCGAUUUGCGUCUUCGCUCGCCCCGAAUGCCACGAACGAUCUUCCGGCCACGAAGCCUGACGAGCCGUCUCCUCUUAUCCUUCUCAACGCUGCUGCGACGUCCUUGAGGUCUCAAGUCACGAAACUGUCCCUGCUAGCCAUCAAUACUCCUUUCACCCCGACCGCAGUCACGACGUGCCUCGUCCCGUUGAACGAAUCAAUUCUCACGUCUUUGGUGACGGCGGCUCUUCUUACAACACCGGAGCAGUUCACUCCUUCGUUCUCGUCGGAAUGUCGCUCAUUCGCUGCCUCCGCUCUGCGGGACAUGCAGACCGUUUUGCAGCUAUUGGAGAAACGAAGUCGGAAGGAAAAUCCGAGAGCAGAGAUCUCCGAACCAGAAAAGAAGGCCUUUAUAGAGGCUACUGGACGAGUGUGGGAUGACUGUGACAAACUUGGUCCUCUGGCGACGGGAGGCGUGCCUGGUUAUAUUGUGCAAAAGUCGAAACAGUGGCUUGAGUUGAUGAAGGAUGCGGUCAAAGAGUUGGAAGACUGGGAUCCCGAAGAGGAUAUUGACGAUGAUGACCCCUUUGGCGAAAGCCUCAGUGACGACGACACCGCUGAUGAGAAGGAUGAGGAUGCCCAAGACAACGACCGUGUGGCCAUUUCUGCGGGGGUUAAAGAGCAGGCGCUCAAGGUCCUGAACCGGAUUCCGCAGAGCAUUCACGUGGUCAUCAAACAGAGACUGGAGAAAUUGGGAUCGGGUCCAGAAAUCUCCAGCGAUCAAAUCGCACGGCUGGAUACUUUGCUCAAACAUAACCGUCAGAUCUCGGAACUCAUCGACGAAUCCGCCGAAGGCAUGUAUCUCGGAGAUCCGGAAUUGUGUCUCAAGAAAGCGGGAGAAGCGCGUGCUCUCACGAUCGAGGUUGUCGAAUCAGUUCUCCAUCCCUUCCCGCGGGUGGGCGAUACCGAGACGAAGGAAGACCAAUACAUCAAACGAGCACUGCAAUGGAUACAACAAGUCGAUCCUGACGGGCAUUCGCGAUCAACCGUCCCAAAGUCUGAUGCAGCAACAGUAAGCUGA